AAUAAAAACGAAAAUAUAAGAAAAUAAUAAUAUUUUAUAAAAUAUAUAAGAAUAUACUGCAAGACAGGAGCUCCAUCAAUAAUUGCGCCCUCAAGCAGUUGGGUAAAUAAAACGGAGCAAUAACGCAGACAGCCAGAACAACAGAAAAAUCGUCAAAAUGUCGGAAAUGCAAAUGGACUGUGCUUUGGAUUUGAUGCGACGACUGCCGCCGCAGCAGAUUGAGAAGAACCUCAUUGACCUGAUCGACUUGGCACCAGAUUUGUGUGAGGAUCUGCUCUCGUCGGUGGAUCAGCCGCUCAAAAUAGCCAAAGAUAAGGAGCACGGCAAGGACUAUCUGCUGUGCGACUACAAUCGCGAUGGCGACUCGUACCGAUCGCCCUGGUCGAAUUCCUACUACCCCCCACUGGAGGAUGGCCAAAUGCCCUCGGAGCGGCUGCGAAAACUAGAAAUCGAGGCCAAUUAUGCCUUUGAUCAGUAUCGAGAGAUGUACUACGAGGGCGGCGUAUCUUCCGUAUAUCUGUGGGACUUGGACCAUGGGUUUGCCGCUGUGAUACUCAUCAAGAAGGCUGGUGAUGGUAGCAAAAUGAUUCGUGGCUGCUGGGACUCCAUACACGUGGUGGAGGUACAGGAGAAGACCACAGGAAGGACGGCCCACUACAAGCUCACCUCCACGGCCAUGCUGUGGCUGCAGACAAACAAGCAGGGAUCGGGCACCAUGAACUUGGGCGGCUCACUGACGCGCCAGACGGAGCAGGACGCCAAUGUCAGUGAGUCGUCGCCGCACAUUGCCAACAUUGGCAAGAUGGUCGAGGAGAUGGAGAACAAAAUACGAAACACACUCAACGAGAUCUACUUUGGCAAGACCAAGGACAUUGUGAACGGCUUGCGCAGCACACAAUCGCUGGCCGAUCAGCGCCAGCAGGCGGCCAUGAAGCAGGACCUGGCCGCGGCAAUACUGAGGCGCAAUGUGAAGCCCGAAUCGAACUGAGAACUGAGCGGCUGAAGGCGGUAUCAACCAGCAGCAGCAGCAUUAGGCGUGGCCCGUGGCCCAUGCCCGUGUUAUGUGGCCCCCUCAUAAUUCAAUUUCAAUAUACAUAAACCUAACCAAAGCCCGAUCUAUACGUUACCUUUUGAAUACUGAUUUAUGAUUGGAUGUAAAGAUAUGUGAAUUAUGCCCACAAAAAUGUUACCCCAAUGCCAUGAGACAUUUGGGUAAUAUUUGGUAAUUUAGAGACUUUAAAUUCCCUAAGACUUACACCCUUUCCAGAUGAGAUCGAUCACUAUUAGGGCUGCGUAUACGUUGGGCAGCGCAGAGAAGGAAAAACUAAAAUAUUAAAUAUGCAUUUCUAGGCAGUAAAUUUGUUAAAUGAGAGAAAUUGUUAAACCAGAUGAUACAUAAUGUAUUUUGAUGUAAAACCACCAAAACCACGCCCCCAACCACACUUCACUCUGUUCAGUCUAAAACGCCAACUUCGCCGCCCUCAAGACAGUAUCUAUAAGUAUUUGUAUCUUAUUUGUAUAAUGCAUAUUUUGUAUCGAAGUUUGCGGCAAAUGAAUUUUGGUUGAGAAUCCUCCCCAGCAGCACCUACAUUUGCCAGCAGCCUCAGCCUCUGUUCUUAACUCUUCCGCGAAUAAAUCAUGUGUUUCUAUGAAUUGUGA